AGUGCAACAUUACAAUGGUUUUCAAAAUAUCAAUCAAAAUUUUGAUGUCAAGAUAUAAAUAUGGUAUAAAGGAAAUUAAAAUGUAAUUACUUUAAAUAUAAGCUUUAAACUUUCGUGAAAACCCGGUUUGAUUCAACGUAUCUAAAAUGCUUAACAACUAUACUAAACUAUUACCAAUCCUGGCUUGUUUUAUGGGAUCAACCAUCGCUUUUUUAAACGAAAGCGAAGAAAUGUGGAAAUCAUUUAAAUCUAUGAACAACAAAAUAUACUUUUCUGACGUUGAAGAAAAAUUAAGAUUCUCAAUUUUCAACGAGAAUUUAGAAAAAAUUAAAAAGAAUAAUUUGGACUACGAAAAUGGAUUAGUAACAUACAGACUGGGAGUCACCCCAUUUGCGGAUUUAUUACUUGAAGAAUAUUUGGCUCUUCUUAAUUACAAAAGUGUAAACAGAACAUCGUCCUUGAAAAAAACCACUUUUGUUAAUGCUAAUACCAAUUUACCUGAAUCAAUCAAUUGGUUAGAAAUCGGUGCUGUUACUCCAGUUUUAAACCAAGAAGCUUGCGGAUCCUGUUGGAGUUUUAGUGCUACAGGAGCUCUUGAAGGUCAAUACUUUUUAAAAACCAAUCAACUGAUUCCACUUAGUCAACAAAAUCUAAUUGACUGCUCUCGUGACUAUGGUAAUGAAGGUUGCCAAGGAGGACUAAUGGAUUAUGCCUUUAAGUAUGUCGAAGACUACGGUAUAAUGGCUGCAUCAGACUAUCCAUAUACUCAACAAAACAGUAUUUGCAAAUUUGAUGCGGAGAAAAGUAUAUUAAAAGUACAAUCAAUUGUGGACAUAGAAUUCCAAAACGAAACUCAACUCGCAGCAGCAGUGGGUACUAUCGGUCCCAUAUCCGUUUCUGUAGAUGCUAGUUAUUGGCAGUUAUACUCCGGUGGUAUAUUUAAUGAUGUAUACUGUGGUACUGAAAUAUACAGUCUAAAUCAUGGAGUGUUAGCUGUCGGCUAUGAAACAGAUCCUACUAAUGGAAUAGAAUAUUGGUUAGUCAAGAAUUCUUGGGGUGAUACUUGGGGGGAAAAUGGAUACAUCAGACUAGCUAAAAAUGGCAGAAACCAGUGCGGAAUAGCUACAGAAGCUAGUUAUCCAGUUGUUUAAUUUUUAAAGCACUUUAAAUUAAUGUAGUCGAAAGUGCCACAAGGGUCUAUUGUGGGGCCACUCUUGUUUUCUGUAUAUGUUUCAGACAUAAAUCGAACUUUGCUAAAUUACAACAAUAUGCAGAUAUACAACUUUUGCACUUUAUUAAAUUACAAUAUUAUACAAACUCAAUUAAAUAGUGACCUAAAUAAAUUAAAUAAAUAUGCACAAAGUCAUAACUUACAUUUAAAUCCCACAAAAUCUUGCAUAUUGCUGUUUGGUAAUAAUAAUAUUAAUUAGAAUCACAUUAAAAAUAACAUUAAAAUUCAAAUUGAAAAUAAUGUGUUGCCUAUUGUUAAAGAAUCAAAAAAUCUUGGCCUAAUUUUAGACUCAUUUUUAUCAUUUGGGGCACAUAUUGCUGCUAAACAUUGUAUUGCUUAGCGGUUAAAGAGUUUAAAUAAAUUUAAAAACUUCUUAUCAUCUAAAGUAAAAUAUAGCUUAUGCGAAAGUCUUGAUUGGUUGAUUAUGGAGAUAUGGCUUAUAGUGAAUCACUCACAGGAAUGUUGUAUCGUAAAAUCCAAAAAUUACAAAACUCUUAUAUGAGGUUUGCCUAUAAUAUUUCCUAUGGGUCCCACAUUACUCCUUAUUUAAAUAAUAAUUUGAUUUUAAAUAUGGAAAACAAGAGAAAGAGUCAUAUGUUUAAUUUUAUUUAUAGAAUUCUCAAAACAGGUCAGCCAGUGUAUUUAAAGGAUUUAUUUAAUAGUUUUUAUCAUAAUUAUGUAAUGUGUGCCCAUCAACGCCAUAUGUUUUUAUGCUGACAUAAUCACUAGUUUGGCCCUUGAAGUGUUUGUGGCGGUACGAGACUGUGAAAUCAGCGCGAUUAUUGUUUAUAUUAUUUUUACGCUAGCGAGCCUGCGAGCUCAAAACAAAAAGGUUUUAAUUUUAAAUUUUAGAUUUAGAUUCCAUUUGUUCGUUGUAACGUGCACAGCUUUUGUAGUAUUUACUUGUUUUUUUCAAAAUUAUUAAAUAAUUUUCUAAG